GUCCGUACCAACACAUCUCCGGGCCUUGGGUCUGGCGGCCAGGCCCCGAUGGUGGCUCAUGCGCGGACACGAGCAACUACCUCUGCGGCCGCGCAGUCGGGUUCCGAGUGGAGCUAUGUUCCGGUCAAUGUCCAGAUUCGACAGCACCACGGCCAUGGCCACGGCCCGGGGCAGCGAGACCAGCUGGAGCGGCGACAAGAGCUAGAAGAUGUACAUUCCCAGCGGACGCAGCGGUGGGUGGCCGACCAGCAGAAGCGCAUGAUGCUGACGCCAGCGGUGACGCGAAAGCCACUGCCUCCUCAGCCACCGCAGUCUCAGUCUCUACCACGACCAGGAGGAAGACCACAAAUGCAGCAGAAGCAGCAGCCACAGCCACAGCCACAGCCCACUAUUCCGAGCAGCGGAAACCGACGGCCGUUCUUCAAGAACGAUGCCGAGCUGGAAGACUGUGUGCGCAGCACCUCUCCUCCCUAUGAGGAUGGGAUCCUGAACCACGGGGAUUGGAAAACCGGUAAGUCCGUCCAUACCGUGCAGGCCAGACGGCCGGUCCACGUCGUCACCCCCAGCCUGUGCCCUGUCUCCCGAGUAGCGUCGCCGGUGGAUGAGAUCUCCGAUCAGAGAGAGGCGGCUCGUAGGGCUUUGCGGCGGAGGAACUUGCCUGGUAGGUGAAUCGGGUCAGUCGGUAGGGUUGUUUGGAA